AAUAAGUCAAUUUCAGUAGAUUUAAUUCACUGUCAGCUGAUUAUGGGGGGAAAAUUGCCUUUUAUUUACUUAUUUUCAUUUAUGUCUAGAACAUUUGUACAAACAUUAACAUUUCUCAGCAUUUCUUAUAACUUUGGUUUUGAAAAAUUGCAUUUACAGUAUGUUGGCCACUAGAGGGUUCAAUGUCCCGCCACGGCCACAUUCACAAGUUCUGUGCAAUGAUAGUUAUUCAUAUAUAGGCUACAGUAGGUAAAUAUGAUUUAAAUGAUGAAACUAGAUUGAUCAGCGUCGCCCUGUUCGGCAGGGUUAUCAGUAGUUUUAUUUUUGAAUGUUCUUAAAGAACACCAUCAAGUGUUGGAAUAGAGCCGGAUAUAUUUACAAAUGGACUCAUUGUAAGUUUGGUAACUGUACCGAAAAGAAACAUCUGGUUGUUCUUGUUCUCCUCUCAUUUUUCCAAGCGAGGGCUCCGUUGUUUAAUGUCACACAGUUCAGUUAUGGAGCUGAACUGCUGCAAAUGAACGACUUCCAUAUCACGUUCUUUGAUCGACCGAGCUGCAUAUGUACGUGCGGUAAUGAAAAAAGUUGGCGUGAUUGGUGCUGCUGCUCUCUGUGUGUAAGACAAUAUUCCCAAUAAUAAAAUACCUGUGGGUCUGCAAUUAAGUUUCCAGUUUCUUUCCCCCCCUACCGCACACAAAGACUCAGUCAGGACCGGAGACAAUGAGGGCAUUGAGAGCAGACCCUCUCCUUCAUUUGCACAUGAUCUCCCUUUACCCACAUUUACCAAUAAAAUCUUUCGAAUUGUUUCUUCUGUUUUUCUUAUUUUUGCUUUAUUCCUCUUGGUUCCUUUUAUGGUUCUUGGUUCCCAUUUCCCUUCCCUUAAAACCUUCUUUUUGGGGGGGGGGGGGGUUCCUCUGCGCGUCACACCAACUCGUCUCUCCCUCGGCCAGUUCAGGAUGACUUCAGGAACUUCCUUCUAACUAACUCCACUUGUUGAUCGGCGCUUUUAUUCACGCCUCGGCGCAUCUGAUCGUCCCCGUCGGUCCGCAAAACGGAGGCGCAACAUCUUCUUGUCCGCAACGUGCAGUUGUAGGUCCUCCCUCUUUCCGGGUUACAGUGAUCCAACUCAUGGCAUCGCGGACGCGCAGUCAUCACCGGCCAAGAGGCUGUUUGGAUUCUUACCCCUCUCUCUGGUUCUGAAGAUAAUGUCAGUGAUGUGUGUCAGCGAGGCGACGUUUCAGCGGCGGUCCGAAGUUUUCUGCGCGUAAAGAAAGUGUAGAGGAGCAGGGAGGAAAGAUGGGAGCACUUUCGGCGUUUCUUCUCGACGUCGGUGAGCUCGGGUGAUGACACCCGAUCCUCCAAGUGUCAGUGUUCACAUCACUGGAGCUGCUUCACACAACUCUGAGCCGAAACGUUCAACAUGGCUUGAUGAGGCGGUUCACGUGGCGCCUGGUAUCCGGGAGUAAGGAUGAAUGCAAAGCGGUUCUUGCUGAAGCUCAGGAAGACGUUCAUCCCGCCCCUCUUCUCCGUGCUGACGUUAAUUUUCGUGCUGCUGGUCAGCGUCAAGUUCAUCUACCUCCUUGAGUCUCUGGAUCCUCCGCCAGCUCCAACCAAUCAGCCAUUUGUCAAGCACAACAUCAGCUGCAAAGCUAUUUAUGACAUGGACCCGGUAGAAGUGGGUAAAUCUCUCAUCAUCAGAAGGAAAACUGCGGUGGAAGAUAAAGACGAAAGACUGAUCAACUUUACACGAAAUUGCCCUGUCUUCACGAAGAUCAGGGGUUAUGACGAUUUGUGUGUUUCUGAGGAAGAGAAGGAUUUUCCCAUUGCGUACUCUUUGGUUGUACAUAAAAAUGCGUGGAUGGUGGAGAGACUCCUCAGGGCGGUGUACUCCCCCAACAACAUCUACUGCAUACACUACGAUCAGAAGUCAUCGGCUCAGUUUGUCGCCGCCAUGGAGGGUUUGUCCCGCUGCCUGCCUAACGUCUUCGUCUCCAGCAAACUCGAGGCCGUUUUCUACGCGAGCAUCAGCCGCCUGAAGGCCGACCUCAACUGCCUGUCAGACCUUCUGACAUCGGAGGUCAAGUGGAAGUACGUCAUCAACCUUUGCGGCCAGGAUUUCCCGCUGAAGUCCAACAUGGAGCUGGUGUCAGAGCUGAGGCGGCUGAAAGGCUCCAGCAUGUUGGAGACGAGUCGACCUAGUGAGCUCAAGAAGCAGCGGUUUCUGUACCGCUACGAGCUACAGGACGCCAGUUUUGAGUAUAAGAAACUUCCGGUAAAAACACAGCAGGCAAAAACUCCGCCGCCGCACAACAUAGAGAUGUUCAUCGGCAAUGCCUACUUUGUGCUGUCGCGGGAGUUUAUCCAGUUCAUGAACUCAUCCCCUGUAGUGAGGGACUUCCUGACCUGGUCGGAGGACACCUACUCUCCGGACGAACACUUCUGGGCCACGCUUGUGCGACUGCCGGGCGUUCCCGGGGAGGUGCCCAGGUCCCAGCCCGACAUCACAGACCUGAUGAGCAAGACGAGGCUUGUGAAGUGGCAGUACCUGGAGGAGAACCUUUACCCUCCGUGCUCGGGGCAGCACGUGCGCAGCGUUUGCAUUUUUGGUGCAGCCGAACUGCAUUGGCUGCUCAACUACGGUCACUGGUUUGCCAACAAGUUCGAUCCCAACGUGGAUCCCGUUCUUCUUCAGUGCCUUGAGGAGAAACUGGAGGAGAAGCAGAAGUUGUUUCAAAAAGGGAGAAGUUUGACUUGCCCAAGAGGUUAGCUAAAAUGUUGGCUGUUGACUUUUCUUUUAACUGCCCUGUAAUCUUAAGAGACAGAGUCCAUUGGACCACGCAAGGUUUUUACCCAGUCCGGUGGAGUCACAUGCACUUUGAGGUUUUUUUAUUUGUGUGGUUUCGAGAACUGACGGUCUGACAGGACACCCAUUUCGGAGGGUUAAUGUUGAUCAGAAACAAAGACAUACACACAUAUGCACACUACAGGAUUGUGUUUGUUAUUUUUGUCUACCUUCUGCAUCAAUUCCUGUUUCUUUUCUUUAGAAACACUCCAUCCGUUCUCCUUGGUUAAUAGAUUUCUCUCUGCCAGAAAUCUAGGAACCUCAGGCAUAUGUUGUUUAACAAAGGAGAGAAAAACUAUGUCUACAAUCAAGUUCAGGGACCAGCUACUUACUAUGUCACUGUGAUUGUUGACUUAGUAACUCUUUGUAUCUUUUGAAAUUGCUUUAUGAAAGACUUUGAGCAUCGAUGGAACAUCUGUUUUCAAAGAUGUCCGAUGCUUUGAAAACAUUUAAACAUGAUUAAAUUAUUAUUGAAGACUUAGGUUGCACAAUGUUAACUAUGAAUAAAUCAUGUAAGUCAAUUCUGAGGUGUUACUAUUU